AUGCCCACAAACAACAAACUGGAUGACACCAAGCUUGCCAUGGAGGGUGUCAAGGACAAGCUUGUCAGCAGUGUCAAGGAGCAGAGGGGCAAGAAGUGGCAGCAGUUCCACUUCAAGUGCUGGGACAACACUGUGCUGCUCAAGGACAUCUGUGAGUGGAACACACCCAAGCAGCUAGCCCAUGCUGACACCAUUGAAAAGGGUCUCAUGUGCAUCAUCAAAGCUCAAGGCUGGCUGGAGGAAGGGUGCCUGGAUGGCACCCUGGAUGAGCUGUGGGUUGACAUCUGCUGUGGUGACAAUGUUGGCUGCCUGGCCAAUGUCAAGGCCAAGGACAAGUGA